UGAGAGUUAUGUUUUUUUUCGCUGUAAUGAUAGUCGUCAACGCAGGUGGAUUCAGUUCUGAAUUCAGAGUGGAAGUGAAAAGGGGAGAGAAAGUCACCUUACUCGACGAGAAAUCUGGAUUGGAGUAUGUCAACAGAGUGAAAUUAUACGAAAAUCAGACAAGGGAGGAGAUCAUCAUCUACUGUUCCUCCGAAGAGAAGGUGACUGGCUGCAAAGCAAAGAACUCUUCUACAUUUUUACUCCAGAUUGAGAACACCAGCGUCUCUUUAACUCCUCUUGAUGCCAGUGAAGCGGGAUGUUAUGUUGUCGAAAUUAUGUGGUCAAGAAACUCGUUGUAGUCAACGAGCAACUGCUCAGUACCAGUAGCCCAGAACCUCCAUCCAUUCAUCCAUUUGUCAUAUCUGCAAUAUUCCCUGUAGGGUCACUGGACACUGCUAAAGCCUGGACAAUCGGCCUAGAACAAAUUUGCUUAAUCGCAGCGGGCAUCGCAGGAUUGACUGCAGUGGUCAUUUUGGCCGUCAUUGGUGUCAUCAACCGCAUAUGUCAAAAGACCCAGAGUAAUCCUGAUGCUGAUGCUGAUGCUGGUGAUGGAGAUCCAGAUGAGACAACUUCUGUCAUCUCAACCACCAGUGGAGGUAAAGAUGACACAAAUGAUUCCUACGAGAUGGUGGACAAUUCGAGCUUUUGCUCGGUUGAUAUGGAGAAGAAGAAACUUGGAGACCUGGACAUCUUCCGAUUAGAUAAUUUAAAAAAUAAUAAUAAUAGUAAUGAUUCUAAUAAUAAUAGUCAAAAGAACUAUAGUAAUAAUUAAUUAAUUUUUAGAAUCUUAAAAAAAAAUUAUUUGCUCUUGCAUUGCUUGCUAUUGUUUAAUCUUAUGAUUAAAUGAUUUCUUUG